GAAGUUGACCCCUGUCAGUACGCCCCAGAAUGUCAAAGAAACAUGACGAGUUUCCCUUUAUUUUAGAAAAAAAUGUAAAAUUAUAAAGUGUGUUUCAAUGUUUAUCUCAUGUUUAAUGGAAAUAAGGUACUGUGGAGUAGAAGGCGUGGUUUUUUGGAGUGGAGAGCUGGUAGAGAGACUCGAUAAAGAUUUGUAAACGUCGUCGCGUCGUGAAUGUUAAGUUCCUAUUGAUAAGAUGCCUAGGAGAUAUUUGCUAGAAUGUUCAGAGCGUUUGGCGAACCUGCAGCCAAAUAAGAUUAGACUGUUCAAGCUUUUACACCGCGCGGGUUACGGCAAGCAACUAGUCCAGUGUCGAAAAUAUACUCGUCCUAUUGAAGAGCUCGAAGUAAAGAGACGUUUGUUCGAUGUAAAAUUAGAAGAGAUUCGUCGUUUCAUCGAAGACUGCUUGAGGGCUGUAGACGUUCCCGAUUCCGAGGCGAGAGCUCAGGCUGACCUGAUGAUGUAUGCUGACAUCACUGGGCACAAGUACCAUGGACUGUUGCGACUUCCUUUAUGCCUAAGGGAAAUCCGAGGGUGCGCCGUCACAUCCACAGCAAAACCUUGCGUCCUUAACGAAGCGGAAGGGACAGCCUGGGUGGACGGGUGUAACGCUCUCGGGGCGACAGUCGGCAACUUCUGCAUGAGUGUAGCCAUUAAAAAGGCCGUGAAUGUUGGCGUUGCCUGGGUUACCGCUAAAAGAUGCAACCACUUUGGCGUGUCCAGUUACUGGGGCAUGAAAGCUGCUAAGGAGGGCCUCAUCGGAGUGACCUUCUCCAACACAUGGCCUGUUAUGGUUCCUGUUAGAGCUAAACAGAGAGCCCUUGGCAGCAACCCUAUAUCGUUGGUCUGUCCAGGGAAUUGCGAUGAGAACGUCGUGGUCGACAUAUCCACUACAGGUACUACUAUGUAUCAGGUCUUCUCAAAAGCUCUCAACAAUGAGAAAUUGGAAGAAGGUAUGGCGUUGGGGCCUGACUUCAAGAUUACCACAGAUCCUAACUUGGCGCUGCAAUCAGGUCUCCUGUUGCCUCUGGGCGGAGACGAAAAACGAAGUUCACACAAAGGUUACAUGCUGGCCGCUAUGGUGGAGAUAUUCUGUAGCGGUUUAGCAGGGUCUUUCAACGCUCAUCACGAGCGAGACUGGGAUCCUUGCGGCACUGCCUGUGGCCCUCCAGACUUCAGCCAGAGUUUCGCGGUCAUUGAUCCCAACUGCUUCGCGCCUGGCUUCGAAGAACGAGUCACUGAACUCGUCCAAUUCUGGAGGCAAUUGGAUCCGGUGGAUCCCGAACAACCAGUUUUAGCUCCUGGCGACAUAGAAAAGACGAUGAGUCGAUCAAUAAUAGCUAAGGGAUCAGUCCCGUAUUCACAAGAUGAAAUAUGUCUGCUACAAAGAAUAGCCACGUACCUCUGUAUCAGACCUCUACAAUAUUCAAACUCAUACGCAAAUUAAACAGUUCGAAUUCAGUAUACUUAUGUCGUUUUUGAGGGUCUACCACAGAAAUUCCGCUGUGCAAUAUGAUUAAAAUAAA